AUGCAAGGAGCACAAAUUGCACAAAAUGAUGGUGCGAAAAUUCCGCAUAAAAAGAUCGGAAAGCAUGGAAAACAUCACAAAAAGUCAAAGAGUCAUACGAAAAAGAAAAGUAAGAAGUCUGGAUUCUUGUGUUGUCGUGGCAAGAAGCGAAAGAGAUCCGAGAAGAAGAAACAUCACAAGAAAUCAAAGAGUCAUACGAAAAAGCAGCCACGAAGCAAAGUGGUGAAACCGUUGGCUCCGGUGCCAAAUGAGCAGUUGGGAGAGAUUGUUCUGGUGAAGAAUAUUGAUAAGAUCAAGCCGUUGAGCAAGGAACAAGCCCAGUCACCAGAUAAAACUGCUCCGGUAGCAAAGUCAAAAGAGCCAGAUAGUGAGGAUAAGUUGAAGAGUAAAUCGAAAAAAGAUGAGAAAUCGGAGAAGAAGGUGGAGAAGAGUAAGGAGGAGAAGAAGGAGGAAAAGAAGGAAGAUGAUGGGAAUACCGAAGAGAAGAAGCAAAAAUGGUUGGGGUUGGCGAAACGAUUUGUGGUGGAAGACGCUAAGAUUGCAUUGAAAGACUUCCAGCAAGUGGCCAGCUACAUCCCACCCCAUGUCACAAAACAUAACUUUGUCGACAACAUGGAGAAGAACCGAUUCUCCGACGUCAUAUGUCUCGACCAUUCACGUGUCACUCUAUCAGAUUCCAGCUAUAUUCAUGCGAAUUGGGUGGAUAUUGUGCCCGGACAUAAACGAGCUAUUCUCACACAAAUGCCGCUCACUGAGACCGCCGCCGACUUUUGGCAGAUGAUAAUCGAGCAUCGCGUCAAAAGUGUGCUCUUGUUGCUAACGGAAGCGGAGUAUGAGAGUUUGGGCGGGGAUUUUGUGUUUCCGAUGAAUCAAGACUUCUUGCAUUUCGAGGAACGUUCGAUUCGUGUGGGAGAGUUCAAGCGAGUGGAGAUUAUGAGUGGAUGGUCGUUGAGAGUGUUGAGUGUUUGCAAUGGCGAUUACAAGUCAUUCCUCCACGUCCAUCACUACACCGGCUGGCCGCACAACUCGGUUCCGUUCUCAGGUUCUCCACAAGGCGUGAAGCAACUGUGGCAAAUUCAAUCGUGUUUCCGUAAAUACUCGAGUAGUCCGCCCGUCUACAUGAGUCUCUCUGGGUGUGGAAGAGCAGGAACGUAUGCACUAUUCGAAACCGCCCAUGCCUCUCUGCAUAGUGAUAAUCCCAAGUUAGACUUGGUCAAAUGUUUGGAAAUUGUCCGUGGUGGACGGCUUCAUUCAUGCCAGAAUCUGACUCAAUUCUCAUUUGUUUAUUCUCUACUAGCGGAGCAUAUUUUGAAUAAUGGGUUCUGUAAACUGGCUGUUCCAAAAAAGACAGGUGAUGAGAAGGAGGAUGUUGAGCCGACAGUGAACACAAUACUGCGUCAGUUGACAAUUACGAAAAGUUCGAGAUGA